AUGAGUUCUUCAUCAAGCUCUCGUGAACCUUCACCAUCUAUGAAACAAACUUUACCAAACGAUUAUGGAGCACCUAUUGAAUAUUUCUUACGAGCUGCACAAUGGCAAAGAGCAGUCUCACCAAGGUUAGGUGUUCCACCAGCUCCUGUCAAAAAUAGCAUUUGGUCAAGUCCUUAUAUAAAAUAUGGUCUCCCACUAGGUUUGCUAGCUACAGCAGGAGCAGUUAUGAUGUUGAAAAGAAAUAAAGCAAAUGUUG